AUGAGAUGGGCUUCGUUGAACAGCGUCGAUCGUCACACUUCUCGUUCUCUUCACUCCCUCUCCUGCCCUCCUCCGAUUGGCGCCAUUUCUCAGACACACUCUUCCUCGCUGCCACCGCCCACCUUCUCAGUCCUCGUCUCUGAUGCCACCGAAGCGCGCUUUUCACAUGUCGCCAUGUCGACCGCCCUCACUCGUCCCCACCCUUUGCUCUAG